UGACAAAACUGGCAACAUCAUACAGACUACUGACUUGAAGAAAACCUCUUUUAUAUUUCUCUAUUUCUGGGCUAAUGGAUUUGUUUUCAUCUAUCUUUUCCCUUUCAGAAUUUUCCUUGAAAAAAAAAAUACUAGCCUCGCUGGUCAUUUCUUUGUAAGGUAGUUAGCAAUUUUAAGUCUUUCUUUGGUCAACUUUUUUUUAAUGUGAAAAAUUAGGUAAGAAACUUUUUUACUACUUUUAUGUUUUUUCUGUCUUGUUUUGAAACCAUGUUGGUUACACUUUUGGUUCCUAAAUAAAGCAUUUAAAAAAAUUAACAGCCAAGUCACAAAGAUAAUGGAUUGCACAUAGACUAAGGAAUAAACUUCAGAUUUGUGAUUUUUGUUUCUAAUCUUGAUGUAAAUUUACACUAUUUAUAAAUACAUAUUUAUUGCUUGAAAAUAUUUGUGAAUGGAAUGCUGUUAUUUUUUCCAGAUUUACCUGCCAUUGAAAUUUUAAGGAGUUCUGUAAUUUCAAACACUACUCCUAUUACAUUUUCUAUGUGUAAAUAAAACUGCUUAGCAUUGUACAGAAACUUUUAUUAAAAUUGUUUAAUGUUUAAAGAGUUUUCUAUUGUUUGAGUUUUAAAAAGACUUUAUGUACAGUGCCCAGUUUUUGUUCAUUUUUCAAAUCUGAUUAUAUAUAUUUUAUAUAUACUUAUGUAUGUAUAUAUAAUAUAUAUAGAAAUCUGGAUAUAUGUGUAUAAAGAUUUAGAACUUAAAUUUUUCUCAUUUUAAGUUUCACAUCUAUGGUAGAUUUUUGAGGUGUCUACUGUAAAGUAUUGCCUACGAAAGUAUGAUUAUUUUUAAAGAAAUAUAUAUGGUAUGUAUCUUCAAGACCUAAAAUGUCAGACUGGUUUAUUGUUAAAUUGCAAUUACUGCAAUGACAGACAAAUAAACAAUUGCUGCCAAAAUGUAGUAUAAUACUAGAAACCAAAUAGUGAUUGAACUGCAAAUUUUAAAGGGAAUGUUUAAAGGGCUUGAAAAAUCCUGUACAUUACUUAGUAGCAUUUUAUAUGGAAAAGGUGAUUUCAGGAUGAAGGGCUCUAUUUUAGAAUGCAAAUAAAUUAAGAGACUUACUUUUAAUGUUAGGCAAGUUUGAAAUCUCAUGCUUUCCUGCUUACAUAACAUGGUGGGGUGGGUGAUUCCCUGUCACUAGUAAAGUAUAGCAAGCUUUGUUGGUUUCCACAGAUCCUCGCUCAGAAGAGUAUGUCAUUAAAUAGUCAUGGUUGGUGCCUUAACAUUUGUGUCUCCAUUUUCAGAAGCACUGGACGCAUACUCUCGUUUCAUCAUGCUGUUCUUUUAGUGAUUUUUUUUUACAGGAGUCAUUAUUGAAAAAGCGUGUGCUAUUUACAUUUGUAACUAAAGAGAAUUUAUAAUUUUACUUGGCGAGAGGCUGUAGUGAUUGCAUCAAGUGCCCUUUCUAAUGCUUGCAAUGCAUCCUAUGAACAAUUUGACAGAUAAAAGCUUAGAGACGUUUAUUCAGUUACUAAUCAGCAGCCACCUCUUACAUAUCACUGCAGAAAGACGGAAUUCCAAAUCUAUUUAUUUAUAUCUCUUUAGCUCUGGAGCAAGAGUGCUUGUCUAAGUAUGACUCAAGAUUUUUAACCACUAAUAUUUCUAAGUGGCUUUCUUAUUAAAUCUCUUAUCCAGAGGACAUUGAAUAAUAGGACUCAAGACAAACUUUGUUACAUAAAUUGUGAGCCAAUGUUGAAGAAGCUGAGAUGAUAAGAACACUAAAGCUAUCCCUUAAUAUUUCUUCACAUGUUUUAGUUUACCUUACUGACACAAUGUAUUAUUUUCUGUGGUUUUAUUAUGGUGGUUUGUUAAGAUUAAUGUAAGUAAUCAGAUAUUUAAGAGAAAUUUAGUACAAUCCAUAUGUGGAUUAUAUAUCAAGGGUAAUAUUUCUUAAGGAGCUUAGUCUUUGAAUAGAUUAGGAAAUAGAAAUCAAACACGUUAAGAUUACAGUGAAGCAGGAUUAGAUAAAGCAAGUGUUAUGUGAACUGUUUCCAUCGAUUUAACAUCACAGAAGACACAGAAGAAGUUUUUUGUUUUUACUGUUUAGAUAACUAGACCCUUAGAAGCAAAUUCUACUCAGGUGCUUUAAUAAUGAAACAAGCCUAGAUCAUAUUACACACAUGGUUUUGGAGAAGGAAGCCAGACACACAGAGUAUUGAAAAAGCAGAUGUUGAUCCAGGAAGCAAAACUAAUUCAUAUUCUCUUCUCAUUGGCACCAGUUAAAUAGAAACUAAAUUUCUAUCAGUUCAUCUGCCUUGCCUGUAAUAUUGUUAAUUUUUAGUCGACAUGUUUACACCAAACAUGAGUAAGAUGUGAUCUGUGUCUUCUACCUUCCAUACACGCAUCUAGAUUUGGAGGUAUAUGUAUAUAUAGCAUGUGAUACCUAAAGGAGGUAGCAAGGGGGAUGAGUAAUAUGGGGCCUGCAUUUCAGCGGGGUUACAUCUUCACCUCAGGUGGCAUGAUUUGAGAUCUUCAAGUCAUUUGGCAUGACUAAGAUGUUGAAGAUUGGAGAGGUAGGAAGGACCAACCUAAGUUGGGAAAGCUGCUGCCUUGAGACAUGUUUAUAGACUGUAGCCUAUAGUUAAUAUUGAAGCAUCCUCUGGGUUUUAAGCAAAAGAACAUUGGAUUUGCAGUAGUCUUUUUUCCUGUUAACACAUUUUGCCUCUAACACUGCUUCCAUGGUAUUUAUAAAGCACAGAAACUCAAGGAAGGAAAAAGUGAUUUAGGAUGUGGUGAAGAUACAAUUAGGGCACAGAUUUAGAACACAAAAAUCAAGUCCCCACAACUCACUGGAUGUCUCCCAGAUGGGUAAGAGAGCUUCUAAACCAGGAUUACAGAAAGGAAAAUAAUGGCCUGCUUGCAGGGUAUCUAUAGUAUCUUUGGACAGUGGAGUUGGACAUGUUAUUAGGAAUGAGCUAGCUCUCCAUUGAGGUGGUACUUAAAGCCAAUAAAAUCAAAGUGGACCGAAUACUCAGUACAAAACAUCAACAUGUUAAAGGCAGACU